AUGUCUGACGCGGUCAAAUCACGCCUAGCCGAUCGAGAACGACGUCUUCCCGAGCAUGUUAGCUUAGCUGAACGGGAAGAGCGUGAUAUUCCUCUCCGCAGCAGUCCUCCGCCUAUAGAAGAGUCCAGAAAACGAGAGUCAUCGACGACGAAGUUGAUCCUGCUCCCACACGACCAGUAUCCAGCUGAAAUAGAAAUGGCCUUCGUGUUCCGACAGUAA